CCACGUGGGGACGUUUUUGCAGAGGUAGCAAAACAUCCGCAGUGACGCUGACGCUUGCUCGUCUGUCAGUGAGCGUGAAAAAUACUUUUUUUUCUGUUUCUUUUUGACUCUAAAACAAUCUUAAGAAGACGCUACGUACGUUUCGCUAUCAUAGUCACUUUUUCUAGACCAUGCCCCACGACCCCGACCCUCCUCCGGCUAAAAAAUUCAAGCCGGGGUCUGUUUUUUUCCGUCUCGAUAAGAAUAAACCUGGAAUGCUGCUGCCUAGAAAGGGAAAUGCAACCACUCCAUUAGAAGUCCAGAGGAAACAGCUUCCAAUUUACCAGGCGAAACCUCAGCUACUGAACCAACUGAGACAGCUACACAAUGCUAUUCUCAUAGGGGAGACUGGCUCUGGGAAGACCACUCAGAUCCCCCAGUAUCUGUAUGAGGCGGGCAUCGGACGGCAGGGCAUCAUCGCCAUCACUCAGCCCCGCCGAGUCGCUGCGAUCUCACUGGCAGGACGAGUGGCCGAGGAGAAGAGGACUCAGCUCGGCAAACUGGUUGGUUACACAGUGCGCUUUGAGGAUGUCACCUCCUCUGAGACAAAGCUGAAGUUCAUGACAGAUGGCAUGCUCCUGCGUGAGGCCAUCGGAGACCCCUUGCUGCUGCGCUACACCGUGGUGGUCCUGGACGAAGCCCACGAGCGCACCGUGCACACCGAUGUGCUGUUCGGCGUGGUCAAGACUGCUCAGCGUAGACGCAGAGAACUUAAUAAGAUUCCUCUGAAGGUCAUAGUGAUGUCAGCCACGAUGGAUGUGGAUUUGUUCUCCGAGUACUUCAACAAGUCACCUGUACUGUACCUGGAGGGCAGGCAGCAUCCCAUUCAGAUCUACUACACCAAGCAGCCCCAGUCAGACUACCUGCAGGCUGCACUCGUCUCCGUCUUCCAGAUCCAUCAGGAGGCACCUCCGUCCCAUGAUAUCUUAGUGUUCAUGACGGGUCAGGAGGAGAUCGAGGCUCUUGCGCGGACAUGCCGGGACAUCGCCAAGCAUCUGCCCGACGGCUGCGGUCCCAUGGUGGUCAUCCCUCUGUACGCAUCGCUGCCCCCAGCACAGCAGCUCAGGGUCUUCCAGCCGGCUCCCAAGGGCUGUAGGAAGGUCAUCCUCUCAACCAACAUCGCCGAGACGUCAGUUACAAUCUCUGGGAUCAAGUUCGUCAUAGACACGGGCAUGGUGAAGGCCAAACGUUUCAAUCCUGACAGCGGGCUGGAGGUGCUGGCGGUGCAGCGGGUCUCUAAAGCCCAGGCGUGGCAGCGAGCGGGUCGGGCCGGCAGAGAGGACUCCGGCUCCUGCUAUCGACUCUACACGGAGCAGGAGUUCGACAACCUCAUCCCCAUGACUGUGCCUGAGAUCCAGAGGUGUAACCUGGCUGGUGUGAUGCUGCAGCUUAUGGCUCUGGGGAUUCCAGAUGUGAUGAAUUUUGAUUUCAUGUCCAAGCCUUCUCCAGAGGCCGUCCGCUCUGCUGUGGAGCAUUUAGAGCUGCUGGGGGCUGUGGAGAGGAAAGACGGCCAGGCUUUCCUCACUGCUCUGGGAAAGAAGAUGGCAAGCUUCCCUCUGGAGCCUAGAUAUGCCAAGACGAUCCUGGUGUCCCCCGACUACUCCUGUUCUGAGGAGAUUUUGAGCAUCGUGUCCCUGCUGUCAGUGGACACCGUGCUGUAUAACCCUCCGGCCCGGCGGGACGAGGUGCUCGCCGCACGCAAGAAGUUCUCCUCCAGCGAAGGAGACCACAUGACGCUGCUCAACAUUUACAGAGCGUUCAAGAAAGUCAGCGGUAAUAAGGAGUGGUGUCGAGAGAACUUUGUCAACAGCAGGAACAUGGGUCUGGUGAAAGACGUCCAGGCACAACUCAAAGAUAUCUGCCUUAAGCUCAAUUUGAAGCUGGAGUCAUGCGGAGCAGAAACGGGGAACGUCCGCCGCUGCCUGGCCCACGGGAUGUUCGUCAACGCUGCGGAGCUCCAACCUGACGGCAGCUACCUGGCUCUGGACACCCACCAGCCCGUGUCCAUCCACCCCUCCUCCGUCCUGUUCCAGGCCAAGCCGGCGUACGUGGUCUUCAACGAGCUGCUGCACACGUCCCGCUGCUACAUGAGAGACCUGUGUCUGGUGGAUGCCGACUGGCUGCUGGACGCCGCACCAGAGUACUUUGGCCGCAAGCUCCACCCCUCCAAGAGCUAACCAACAGAGAAACAGGACUGGAGUAAAUCCCUUCCUCAGAUCACCCAGUGACAAUACAACUGGAACAUGUAUUCUCUUCACAAAGCUGAAUUUGGAUAAAGACACAAAUCAGAACAGAACAUUUUCUGUGUGGUAAACUUCUCUGGAUUUCACUACCUCCCAGUUGACAAGCAUUUGGCAUGUGUCACUGCAGCAGAAAUCUGCAUAUCGAGGCCUCACAACUUUGACUUCCUGUAAGACUGUAAUUCACAUUUUGUAAGCUGUGUUCCUUCUGCCUGGUAGUUUAAUCGUCUUGCGAUUCGGCCACCUGUUCAACACCUAAAGAAAAAGUAUUUUUCAGGUGCCAUGCAUCAGUUCUUUAAGCAUUUGCAUGCAUUUUAACAGCACUGAUAACCUCACCAGUAAGCAUUGUCUGAUAUGAUUUGUUUUUUUUCUUCAAAUUUAAAUCAAACUCAAUAGAAUCUCUAUAUGUUAAUCUCAUAAAAUAUUCUAAUUGUUAAUUCUUAAUUGUUAAGUUACCUUUCCACCAAGAUUCAGAAAUUCAUAGCAGACUGGCUCGUGGUUAUUUUCAGUGUCAUUUUGAAUAAUAAUGAGGAGUGUUUGAAAUGUUAGCUUCUCAGAAGUUAAGUAAAGCAGUCUUGUCUUAAGCUUUCCCACCACGUAGUUUUGGGUUUAUACAAAGUGGUCUUAAGGGGUUUUAUAUAUGCAAAGGACAGUAGAUUUGUCUUAAUCUAUGAGGUUAUGUAAAUACAAAAAAAUAUGAAAAAUCACCAAAGUUGGAGUUGGAUUAUGAGGUUUUUACACGUCACAGUGACAUGACUUCACUUUUCUAAUUACUCUUCAUGCAGCACUUGUCAGCUGGUGCAUGCCUUUUUCUUUCACAUCUCUGAUUGUAUCCCCACAUACAUGCACAUGAGGAGAAGCAGCAUGCCUUAUUCUCCAGGUUCUACUCUUUGCUGUUGUGUUACUCAGUCCUGACACACACUAACCACAGACGUAUGCUGAACAACAACAUAUGUAUGCAAUGCAUGGAGGUUAUAGUUAACGAUCUGAUCCCUCAGGUCUUUCAUACUUUGUAGAAUGUAAAUCACACAAUGUUUAGGAAUAGGGUGGAUGCUCCUCUUGUUUUUGUUUUUUUACACUGGACUCAGGAUUGUAAAAUAUAUACUGUAACCUGAAUAAAUUACAUUUCUAACUAUUAAAAUACCAAA